AUGCGCCGUGAGGCACCGCGAGCCCGCGCCCACGGCUGUCGCCUGGCGAACGAAAUGCAGUGGAGGACAGCCGAGCUCCUGGAGCUAGAGAAGAGGAAGUGGGGAGGGAAGGAGAAAGAAGCGUCUGAACCGGCAGCUUAUCCCGGCAGCGCCGAGAGCGAGAGCUGCUGCAGUGGGGGACAGCCAAGUGUCUGGAGUUACAGAAGAGGAAGGAAGAACGAGGAAGAAGCAUCCCAACUGUCUCGUUCUCCGGGCAGCGCCGAGAGUGAGAGCUGCACCCAGAGGGCGACGGACUGCCACACGGCUGCUCACUCGCCUCUUCCCCCUCAGGAUGGAAAGGAGAAAAUAAAGCAAAAGGCUCGGGGAUUGAGGCUGCGGCUCUUCCUGAACGGCUCCAGCGUGGGUCCCUGCUGCGCCUCACAGUCCUCUUGGCAACAAAGUACAACGGCGGCGGGGGCUUCCCGCAGAGUCCCGGCAUUCGUCUUUGGGAGCAGCCGCCCGCUCUGGCCGGCGGGAUUCCUCCACGGGCUGCAGGUGGGCAUCUGCUCUGCCAGCGACUUCCACGGGCUGCAGGGGGACAGCCUGCCAUCUCACCACGGGCGGCAAGGGACGCUCUGCUCCAUUGCACCCGUCCUCACCCUCCUCCUCCUCCUCCCCCUUCUUCCACUGACCUUGUUUUUGCACAGCUGUCUCCCUCACAACUCCCACUCAUCCUCCCAGGUUCUCCUUCUUAAAUGUUAGCUCGGAGGCGCAGCCACCGUGGCUACUCGGCGUGGACUUGACCGGAGGUGGGUCCCGCUUGGAGCCGGCAGAGCUUGGUGGAUGUCCUCACGGGGGCCAGUGCUGUAGCCCCUUCCCCCGCUGCCAAAACCCCCGGCCACACACACAAGCAAACCCAACACACCCGUCUCGGUUUGUCUGGCUCCCAGUCUCCUUCAUUCUUCCCUCUCUGUGUCACCUGUCGCAUCUUUCCUCCCUCCCUUCCUCCCUCUCUCCCUCCCCCUCCCUCCCUCCGUCCCUCUCCGUCUGUCUCUGGUAGCUGGAUGCAGCUUUUUUCUUUGUCUGUCUCUCUGUCCAGCUCCUUGCUUCCAAAUCUUAAUUCUACCCUCUCUCUCCCUGAAAGCCUGCUGGGACUUUUUCUUCUUCUCAGUCUCUCUGUCUCUGUUUUUUAAUUCCUCCCUCUCUGCCCUGUUACCUGGCAGCAUUUUUACUGACUCCGCGUCUCUUGGUCUGGUUCGAGAUCCUGAUUUUUGACAUUCCUCCCUCUCCGCACUGCAGCCUGUCACUUUCAAAGCUCUCUUUCUCUGCCCCUCGAUGUCCCCUCUUUUGUACUUACUUUCUCUCUAUGGCUCCCCGGCUCUGUGUUGUCAUUCCUUUCUCUCUGUCCUAGAGCCCAUCAGUAGUUUUUUCUUUCCCUGGCUCUAUUUUCCAGUUCCCAGGCCCUGUUUCUCCAGUUUGUCCUUCUAGGCCCUGUGCCGCAUUGCCACUCAUUUCUUUUGCAGUCUCUCCCCGUCCGGCUCCCUGCAGGGAUUUUUUAAUUCCGCCCUGUCUGUCUUGUAGCCCGCUGCUGAUUUUUCUUUCUCUGUCCAGCUCCCUGUCCCUCACUUAAUUUUUUUUACAUCCUCCCUCUGUGCCCUGUACAUGUUGCUCUUUAAAUUUUCCUUCCCCGGUAUCUCUGUCGAUUGCUCCCUGUACCUGUUUUUUACUUCUUCCCUCUCUGUCCUGUGGCCUGUUGCAAUUUGUUCUUUCUCCGUCUCUUCUUUUUCUGGCUCUUGGUCACUAUUUUUCAGUUUCUCCCUCUUGGCCCUGUAGCCCAAUGCUAUUAUUUGUCUGUCCUCAUCUCCCUCGGGCUCCCCGUGCCUGUUUUUUAAUUCUUCCCUCUCUGUGUUGCAGCCCAUUGUUAUUGUUCUAGUCUCUGUCCUGCUCCCUGUCCUGUGUUCCAUUUCCUCCCUCUCUGCCCCGUAGCCUGGUGCAGUUUUGUGGUUUUUUUUUUUUCCCCCGUUCCCCAUUGCUCUCUGUCCAGCUCCCUGUCCCCGCUUUUUGAUUCUUCCCUCGCUGCCCCACGGCCUGGUGCUCUCUGCCCUUUCUCAGUCUCUUUCUGUCUAGCUCCUGGUCCCAUCCUUUUUGAAAUUCCUCCCUCUGUCUCUGAGCCCAUCGUGGUUUUUCCUUUCUGCAUCGCUGGCUGGCUCCCGCCCCCUGUUUCUCAGUUUCUUCUGGGCUCUUUAGCCUGUGGCAAUUUUACUUCCUGCUCUCCGUCUGUCUCUGGAUCCCAAUUUUUUAAUUCCUCCUCCUCUUCCCCGUAGCCUGUCUUUCUGGGCAUUGUCCCCUCUUUAUCUAUCUCCCUCCUCCUGUCCGGCUCCCAGUCCUGAUGUUUUAAUGCCUCCCUCUCUGCCUUCUAGCUGUUGCUGUACUUCCUGUAAGCGUUGCUCUGUGUCUGGCUCCUCGUCCCUCUCUUUUCAUUCUUCCUCGGGGCCCGUCAGUAUACCUGUCUCUUACCGUCUCUCUCUGGCCAGCUCUGGAUCCCUGUUUCUUCCUUCUUCCCUCUAUCUGCCUGGUAGCCCCUGGCUAUUUUUAUUUUCUCCAUCUCUUGCUGCCCAGCGCCAGAUCCCUGCUUUUUCAUUCCUCAUCCUCAGUCCCAUAGCCCCGUGGUUUUUUGUCUUUGUCUGGCUCUCUUUGUCUGGCUCCCUGUCCCUGUUGUUUGGUUUCUUCCUUCUUGGCCCCGUAGCACGUUGUGAUUCUGUUUGCCUCUCCUUUCACAGCUCCCCAUCCCUCCCUUUCCAUUGCUCCCUCUCUGUCCUGUUUCCCCUUGGGCCGUGCCCACCCCCCACCCCCCCGUCUCCCCCUUUCUCCAUCUGCCUCUUUCUUGCUUCCCGUCCCUGUUUUUCAAGUCCUCCCUCUGACGUGUAGCCUGUCGCUCCUUUCUCUAUCUCUCUGUGUCCCUCCCAGUGCCCCCGUUCUUCAAUCAUUCCUCUCUGACCUGUACCCUGCCGCUAUUUUUGCCUUUCUUUGUCCCUCUCUGUCCAGCUCCCCGUCCCUGUUGAUUAGUUCUUCCCUUGCGGAGCUGCGGACGAACAACAUGCCGAGACGGGUUCAGUGUGGAAGAUAGAGCAUCAAUCACCGUGUGUCUUUAUUGGUCCAGGGUACAUAUAUUUAUACAGA